AUGGCUCAACCUCCCUGGGCCAUGCCAUCGGGCACCACGCACCAGCCGCAAUUGAAGAUCUACAACUCCUUGACCCGGUCCAAAGUCCCCUUUGUCCCCAUACAACAAGGGCACAUCUCGUGGUAUGCCUGCGGUCCCACGGUCUACGACGACGCCCAUCUGGGCCAUGCCCGCAACUACGUGACCACGGACAUCAUUCGACGGAUUCUGCGAGACUACUUUGGCUUCAAAAUUCGCUUUGUGAUGAACACCACAGAUAUUGAUGACAAGAUCAUUUUAAGAGCAAGGCAACGGCAUCUAUACGAUGAAUACAAGAAGAACCACAGAUACAUCGACGAUCAAGUCCGUCAGGACGCCCGGCAGGCAUGGCACUACUACAUCCAGAAGAACCUGAAACGCAUAGGGUCCAAGGAUCCAGUCACGCCCGACUCAUUCGACGCAUUCAUCGAACACAUAUAUGGAGAUGUCCUUGCAGGAGGAAGUCUGGAGCCCGGGGAAAAGCCAGGUGACAAGGAGGCCAAGAUCAAGAUGCACAUCAACACGGCUCGCAACGCGGCAAAGGCUCUGAUGCAAGAUCCCAAACUCCUGACACCGCACGAGUUCUACAACCGCGUGAGCGAUCCCAUGUGCCUGGUCUUGGACGAGCAGUUUGGUAAAACGAUCCGCGGGGACGACUAUGGCGUAUUCACGAAACUCACAAAGGAAUAUGAAACUCGAUUUUUCCAAGACAUGCAUGAUCUCAAUGUCAUGGAUCCCGAUGACCUGGUGCGAGUCACCGAGCACGGCAAAGAGAUUGCGGAGUUUGUCAAGAAGAUUGUCGACAACAAAAUGGGUUACAGGUCGUCAGAGGGUUCGGUUUAUUUCGACAUAAAAGCAUUUGAGGCCGCCGGGUACCCUUAUGCCCGAUUAGAGCCAUGGAACAAAAACGACAAGGAACUGCAGGCGGACGGAGAAGGUGCCCUGUCACAAAAAGACGCAUCUGUCAAGAGGUCGGACGCCGACUUUGCCCUUUGGAAAGCAUCAAAGCCCGGCGAGCCAAGCUGGGACAGUGAAUGGGGGCCUGGUCGUCCUGGAUGGCACAUUGAGUGCUCGGCCAUGGCGUCCGGUAAGCUCGGUCAGCAGAUGGAUAUCCAUUCUGGCGGGAUCGAUCUGGCUUUUCCUCACCAUGACAACGAGCUUGCCCAGAGCGAAGCAUUCUGGGCAAACCAUGGUCAGUGGGUGAAUUACUUUCUCCACAUGGGUCAUCUGUCCAUCCAGGGAUCAAAAAUGUCGAAAUCGCUGAAAAAUUUUACCACCAUCCGAGAGGCGCUUCAUGUCAGAAAGGACUGGACUUCUAGGAGUCUGCGGAUCGUUUUCCUGCUCGGGAACUGGAAAGACGGGAUAGAGAUCACGGACGACAUGGUCACCGAGGGCAGAAACUGGGAAGACCGGGUGGAUAACUUCUUUCUCAAUGCCGUCGAUGCCAUCAAGAACACAAACCCCUCGGAUGAGCAGCGAGCCAGCCUAGAAGAUGCCGUACAGGAUGCAGAAGAGAAGGUCCGAGCUGCGUUACUCGACUCCUUCAACACGCCGAUCGCCAUGAACAUCAUCUCACAGCUAAUAAACACAUACAAUACCAGCGCCAAAAGUUCCGAAUUGACAGCAGCGGAUCAUCGUCGGGUCGGGAUCUUUGUCACACGUCUACUCAACAUCUUCGGUCUGAACGGCUCUGAGCCAGCAGACACUGAUCAGGUGGGCUGGCAAGGUAUCGAGAUCCCGGACGCCGCUAAAGAGUUUGUCUACCCACUGGCCAAAAUUCGAGACGAACUGCGACAAGCCGCCAUUGCCAAAUCCAUCACAGCCGAGAAAGUCCAGGAAAUUGUUUCCACUACGCCAGUGGGCCUUGAAGAAGCCCCCUCAAUUGGAAGACCUCGGCCUUCAUAUGCCCGUGCACUGAGCGAAUUCAGCAGAGACGCCCUUCAAACAGCGUCUUCACCCGCUACUAGCACGGAAUCCCCGCCUGAUCUCAACAAAGAAAUCCUCGCACUUUGCGACCGGGUCCGAGACGUCGAUCUUUGGCACCUGGACAUAUUCCUCGAAGACCGAGAAAACGCUCCGGCUCUGGUCCGCCCCGUCACCGAAGGCCUCAAAGCCGCCCGGCGCGAGAAGGAGGAGAAGGCCCGCCAAAAAGAGGAAGCGAGGAAGCAGCGCGAAAGAGAGGCGCAGGAGAAGCUCCAGAAGGCCAAACUCAGCCCUACCGAAAUGUUCAAACCACCGCACUCCUCGGAGUAUUCGGCGUGGGACGGGGAUGGCGUGCCGACGACCGCCAAGGACGGAACGCCACUGACGGCAAGCCGGGUGAAGAGGCUUAAGAAGGAGUGGGAAGCGCAGAGGAAGGUGCAUGAGAAGUACCUGGCGACGGUCUCGGUGCCAAACGGUUCGGGCUCGUCCUCUGCUGCUCGCUAG